CCUCCCCCUUCUCCAUCAUCGAUCUCUGCCUGUUGCUUAGUUCCGCCGCCCUCUCCGGCAACCAAGCAGCUCGUUCGCCGAGCUAGCGCCAUGGCCGCCUGCAACCGCAAGCGACCUGCUGCUGUCCUCGACGCCGUCCACGCCACGACGGCUCAGCAUCAACAAUCGCCGGCGCGCUGCAAGAGGAGCCGCACCUUCAUCGGGAUCACCGACGACUACGAACAGGUGAACUGCCUAGGCCAAGGCGGCUUCGGCGUCGUCCUCAGGUUGCGCCACAAAGUCACCAAGAAGGACUUGGCCGUCAAGUUCCUCUCCUCGCCGGACGACACCGAGGAGGGCCCCGACGUCGAAGAUCUUUAUCGGGAGGCACGAUUCCUCGAGGCCUGCCAAGGAAACCCUUACGUCGUCGGCUUCGAGGGCCUGGUGCGCAACCUGGACACAGGCGACGUCGGCCUCGCCAUGGAGUACGUCGACGCGUCCAGCCUCGAGGACAGGCGCGCCGGCCCGCCGCUCCCGGAAUCCAUGGCGCGCGACUUCAUGUGGAAGCUUCUGACCGGGGCCGAAAAGAUGCACCACCGCCAUGUCGUCCACCGCGACAUCAAGCCCGCCAACAUCCUCGUCGGGGACGGGGACAACGGGGAGCUCGUCAAGCUCUGCGACCUCGGGCUGGCCAUCUCCUUGUCAGACAAGCCACCGUACAGCCAGGCCGGCACGGCGCCCUACAUGGCGCCCGAGAUGAUCCUGGGCAAGCGAGACUACGACGCGCUCGUGGACACGUGGUCCAUCGGCUGCGUCUUUGCCGAACUGCUCACCGGCAAGACCUUGUUCGCGUGUGACGGCGAAGAUGAAGACGACGAUGACAAGAUAAAGGUUGACGUAUACCAGCUGUGGAGCAUCUUCCGAGUGCUCGGGGUGCCGGACGAGAGUACGUGGCCAGGGUUCACGUCGCUGCCGCACACCGCCGAGGCGCUGCGGGUGCUACCGGCGGGGCACAACCACAGCCGGCUGCGGGAUUUGUUCCCUGAAGAGAAGCUGUCCGAGGAAGGAUUUCAGGUGUUGCAAGGGCUCCUCACGUGCAACCCCGACAAGCGACUGACGGCAGCCGCCGCGCUGAAGCACCCAUGGUUCGCUGCUCCUCGCUCUGCCGCCGAUGCCGUUGAGAAGGUCGAUGCUCUGUCCUUUCCGAAAAAGAAGACACCAAGGUUCAAGUUCAUCCCGCCGGAGAAGAAUCUACUCAAAAUCCCACUGGCCGUGUGGAACGCAGCGCAACGAGUGUAAUGAAACUCUCUACUAGAUGUGACUGUGCUUUGAUAAGCCAUCUAUGUAAAUGCUAGCACAAACUCUCUUGAUGCAAGUUGUAACUGUGCUUGGAUGAGCCAUCAAGUAGAACUUGAUCGCCGGAUCAGUCAUUAGUGUUUGCCUGCUUUUCUGAAUUCUAUGCACAUGUUCAGAGAAUCAGAGAUGUGUCUAGUGUUGACAGAUCCUCAGUUGUUAUUGAAUUACGAUGCACAAUUUGUGUUUUUUUUCCA